AUGUCCGAACCGCCUUCACCGGAACCUCGACCGGAUCGCCGGACGCGCGAGGUCGCCAUGUAUGGAGAUGAAAUGGUGGAAGAGCGUCAAGAAGCGUCAUAUGACUGGGUCAAUGAAAAGAUCCAGAAUCCCGAGUUGCGCACAGAGAUCAUCCGCAUAGUCAAGAAGUACCACGGCGGAAGAGCUGGGAAAUGGCACUCAUCCCUCUGCGGGAGCUACAACGCCGUCUUCGUCAUUGAGUUCCAAGAUCCCGAGAGCUACGGCAUGAUGCGCGUCCCGCUCCCGCGCUUCAGCCUGGAACUGAGAGAAGAGAAAGUCCAAGCUGAAGUCAACCUCAUGCGUUACGUCACGGCAAACACCACCAUCCCCAUCCCCCACAUCUACCACUCGGGCACUGCCUCGCAAAAUCCCACCGGCCUCGGACCCUUCAUCAUCAUGGACUACCACCCAAACCUAGUCCACCUGUCCACCUUUCUCGCAGACCCAGACACCGACCCCGAAGCCCCAAACACCAUCAACCCAACCAUGCCCGAAGACAAGAUCCUCUCCCUCUACCGCCAAAUGAGCAACAUCCUCCUCCAACUCGACAAACUCACCAUGCCCCAAAGCGGCUGCCUCGGCUACGUGGACGGGGAGUACACCGUCAACGCCCGCGCCCUCCCCCAGACCCUAACCGACACCAUCACCAUGGCCGGCUGCCCCGAGUCUGUCCUCGGCCCCUCCAACCGCGUCCUCAACACCUCCCACGAGGUCUACCAGUUCCUCACCGACCUCCACAUGGCCCAGCUCGUCUUCCAGCGCAACGACGCCGUUGAGUCGGCGGACGACGCCCGGGACAAGUACACGGCCCGGCACAUGCUCCGCAGGGCGGCGUACAUGAACCUGCUGCCGUCACCAAGCUACACGAGUCGGCAGGAGCACAUCACACCGACGCCCGAGACGUUCAAGCUCAUCUGCGACGACUUGACGCCGCACAACGUACUGGUUGACCCCGAGACGGGGGAGGUGAGGGCGGUGAUUGAUUGGGAAUGGGCUUGGUUUGGGCCGAGGUCGAUGGCGGCCGAUCCGCCCUGGUGGUUGAUGCUGAGGAAGCCAGAUAUGUGGAAUGGUGGGGUGGAAGGGGGGAUAGAUGAUUGGGUGGGAAAGUAUCCGAAGUAUCUGGGGAUUUUCCUCAGGGCGUUGGAACAGGAGGAGGAAAAACUGGGAAAGGGACAGGAGGUGACUGUACCUUGUCUUGGGGAGCCGUUGGCAGACGAUAAGGUGGCCGAAGACGGGACGGUGUCGAAGUGGCUUGACAACCUUCAUAUAUCGGGAGAUAGCACCACCACCAUAUCUACCAACCAGGAAGGACCAAAAGAACCACCUCUCUCCGUCAGGAUGAGAAAGAACUGGGAAGAUGGGAGCUUUUGGAUCAACUAUGCUGCGAGGAGAUCAUAUGGAUUAGACCCUAUCUACUGGAAGUUUAUCGACGAGAGGCUGUUUGGGGAGAACCCCGCGGGUGGGUAUGAGAAAAGGGCUGAGUCCAUGACGGCCGAGGCACGGGAGGUGAUGGAGAUGGUGGUCAAAGACAAGAUGAAAGAGAAGAACGGGGAGAGGAAGGUGGUUGAAUGGUUUGCUGAGGAGGCGAGGGGGCAUUUGGCUAGGGUUCUGGGGUAUGGGCAGUUGUGA